AGGAGCUUACCUCACUUUUUCUCUGAAUUUUGUGCAUAUUUCACGGGCAUUAUACUAUUUUCCCACCUCUCUGUCUCACUCCCCUCGUGAGCUUACGUUCCGUCGUUUUCAUCUCCUCUGCAACCUCUAACGAUCAGAAUUCUCCUUCUCCACUCCAACUACCCUAUCACAUUACUUGAUGCUCAUUCUCUGUUCUGCCGAGUCAACUCAGGAGAGAAACAAAAAGCUUCCUCGUUAAUGGCUCCUCUGCAACUUCUGCUCUAUCUGCUCGCCGCCGUGUCAAUGGCUUUCUCCAUUCACGGCACCGUAGCUAGCAACGAAGAAGACGCUUCUGUUCAACUCAACGACGACGUUUUAGGCCUGAUAGUGUUCAAGUCAGGUCUCCACGACCCGUUUUCCAAUCUUGAUUCUUGGAACCAAGAUGACAACUCCCCCUGUUCGUGGAAGUACAUAGAGUGUAAUCCUCUUACGGGUCGGGUUUCCGGGGUGUAUCUUGACGGGUUGGGAUUGUCAGGGAAGAUCGGAAGAGGGUUACAGAAGUUGCAGCAGUUGAAGGUACUAUCACUGUCAAAUAAUAAUUUCAGUGGUGGCAUUACUCCGGAGCAUUUUCUGAGUAGUAGCCUUGAGUUUCUGAACCUUAGUCGUAAUAGUUUCUCUGGUCCGCUUCCUUCUUCUUUUGUCAAUAUGGGUUCAAUUAGGUCUAUUGAUCUUUCUGGUAACUCACUCUCUGGUCAACUGCCUGAUGAGCUUUUUCAAGAUUGUUCAUCGCCGAGAUUUCUUUCUCUUGCUGGGAAUUUGCUUGAUGGGCCAAUUCCUCGUUCACUUACCAGAUGCCAUUUCUUGAAUUCCCUAAAUCUGUCCAACAAUCGUUUUUCUGGUAACCCAGAUUUUGUAUCCGGGAUUUAUUUGCUUCAAGGGAUUAGGACACUGGAUCUUUCUCAUAAUGCAUUUUCUGGUUCUGUACCAGAAGGGAUAUUAGCCCUGCACAACUUGAAAGAGCUUCUUCUGCAAGGUAACCAGUUUGAAGGGCCAUUACCGGUGGAUAUUGGAAUGUGUCCCCAUUUGAAUACGUUGGAUUUCAGCAAUAAUCUUUUCACUGGAGCAAUUCCAGACUCUGUUCAGAGGCUAAAUUCUUUGGCUUUUCUCAGUUUAUCAAACAAUAGAUUGAUGGGAGAUUUCCCGCCAUGGAUUGCAAACUUGAGUAAUCUAGUCUACUUAGAUUUCUCCAAGAAUGAUUUGACUGGAAACUUGCCAGCUUCACUGGGUAAUCUGAGAACACUGAACUAUUUGAGCUUGUCUCAUAAUAGACUAACUGGAGAUAUACCCAUGUCACUGGGUUACUGCACCCAGUUAUCGGUUAUCCGAAUGAAGGAUAAUACAUUCAAUGGAAGCAUACCAACUCAUUUGUUUGAUUUGGCUUUGGAGGAGAUAGACUUUUCGCAUAAUGAGUUAACGGGCUCUAUCCCAUCAGGAUCAGCCAGACUCUUUGAAUCUCUUUGUUCGUUAGAUCUGUCGAGGAAUAAUCUCACAGGAAGUAUUCCUGCAGAAAUGGGUCUUUUUGCCAACUUGGGAUACUUGAACUUAUCUUGGAAUAAUCUUCAGUCCAGGAUGCCUCCAGAACUUGGCUUAUUUCAGAACCUAUCAGUGUUAGAUCUUCGAAAUAGCGCCCUCUUUGGAUCAAUUCCAGGGGAUAUAUGUGAAUCUGGAAGUCUGGCAAUUCUUCAACUGGAUGGUAACUCUUUGACUGGGGCAAUCCCAGAGGAAAUUGGAAACUGCUCAUCUCUUUACUUGCUGAGCUUGUCACACAAUAAUUUAAGUGGUCCUAUUCCUGAAUCCAUUUCGAACUUAAGGAAGCUCAAAAUCCUCAAGUUAGAGUUCAAUGAACUGAGUGGAGAGAUACCUCAAGAAGUUGAGAAGUUGGAAAACUUGCUGGCAGUUAACAUAUCUUUUAACAGGCUCAUAGGAAGGCUUCCGGCUGGAAGCAUAUUUCAGAGCUUGGAUCAGAGUGCUUUGCAGGGAAAUCUAGGCAUUUGCUCACCAUUGCUCAAGGGGCCAUGUAAGAUGAACGUGCCAAAGCCACUAGUCCUUGACCCAAAUGCCUACGGUCACCAAAUGGAUGGUCACAGGCAAAGCAAUGAAUCAUCUUCAUCCAAGUCUACAAGCUUCCAUCGCCACACCUUCCUCAGUGUUUCUGCAAUUGUAGCAAUUUCAGCUGCUAUAAUCAUUGCAUUCGGAGUGAUAACCAUAAGCCUGGUUAAUGUUUCUGUCCGUAGGAAGCUUGCAUUUGUGGAUAAUACCUUGGAAAGCAUGUGCUCAAGCUCAUCGCGAUCAACAAGUCUUACAACAGGUAAACUAAUCCUGUUUGAUUCAAGAUCAUCUCCUGAAUGGAUCAGCAAUCCUGAAUCUCUUGUCAAUAAGGCUGCUGAGAUCGGAGAGGGUGUUUUUGGAACUGUUUAUAAAGCAUCAUUAGGAGCACAAGGAAGAAUUGUGGCAAUCAAAAAGCUUGUAACUUCAAACAUACUUCAACAUCCAGAGGACUUCGACAGACAAGUCCGGAUGUUGGGAAAAGCAAGGCACCCGAAUCUCAUAUCCCUAAAAGGAUACUACUGGACUCCUCAGUUGCAGCUUCUGAUUACGGAGUUUGCACCCAAUGGCAGCUUACAAGCUAAACUCCAUGAGAGAUUACCUUCAACUCCACCACUUUCUUGGAGCACAAGAUUCAAGAUCAUUCUUGGAACAGCAAAAGGGCUUGCUCAUCUUCAUCACUCGUUUCGCCCAUCCAUCAUUCACUACAACAUAAAACCCAACAACAUCCUGCUUGACGAAAACAACAAUCCCAAGAUUUCAGAUUUUGGACUAACCAGGCUUCUCACGAAGCUCGAAAAGCAUGUGAUAAACAACAGGUUUCAGAGUGGAUUAGGGUAUGUGGCACCAGAACUAGCUUGCCAGAGCUUGAGGGUGAACGAGAAAUGUGAUGUCUAUGGCUUCGGGGUCCUGAUCCUUGAGCUUGUCACUGGGAGGAGAUCAGUUGAAUACGGAGAGGACAAUGUGGUAAUACUAAGUGAUCAUGUGAGGAUCUUGCUGGAGCAAGGUAAUGUGCUGGAUUGUGUUGAUCCAACCUUGCUUGAUUACCCUGAAGAUCAGGUCUUGCCUGUACUCAAACUGGCACUUGUCUGCACAUCUCAAAUACCAUCUACCAGGCCUUCAAUGGCGGAUGUGGUACAAAUAUUGCAGGUCAUCAUGACUCCAGUUCCACAAAGAAUGGAGGUUUUCUAAUUGUUUAACAUCAGAAAAAGAAAUUUAUAUCCUUAUUUUGUUUAAAUUUAUUUCGUUUCCUAUUUCUUUUCUUCUGAGAAUCAAUGAGAUUCAAUCUGCUAGUUAUAUGCAUCUUAAUAGUUCUGCGUUCUGUAAAAUUGUAAGCAGUUUUUCUAACCUUUGGGAAUUGCGUAUAUAGCUCAUGUAUUUUGUUUUCA